AUGCUUCAGUGGGAGGAGCAGCUGCGGUCUGAAACAGGUCUUCGGCAACCAAAUCAUAAUGUGAAACGUUUUAGGAACCUCAACUCUCUUUCUCUUGGGGAAGUGGUAAUUGUAUGUUGGCCCCAUGGCGAAAUAAUGAGGUUGAGAACUGGCAGCACUGCUGCAGAUGCAGCUAGAAGAGUUGGACUUGAGGGAAAGCUGGUCUCAAUAAAUGGUCAACUUGUAUUGCCUAACACGGAGCUCAAAGAUGGCGAUGUAGUUGAAGUGCAUCUUCUGAGAACUAUGCUUCAGUGGGAGGAGCAGCUGCGGUCUGAAACAGGUCUUCGGCAACCAAAUCAUAAUGUGAAACGUUUUAGGAACCUCAACUCUCUUUCUCUUGGGGAAGUGGUAAUUGUAUGUUGGCCCCAUGGCGAAAUAAUGAGGUUGAGAACUGGCAGCACUGCUGCAGAUGCAGCUAGAAGAGUAGGACUUGAGGGAAAGCUGGUCUCAAUAAAUGGUCAACUUGUAUUGCCUAACACGGAGCUCAAAGAUGGCGAUGUAGUUGAAGUUAGGGUGUAA